AUGUCUAUUUGUCAUUCGGUUCCUACUUAUCUAUCUAUCUAUCUAUCUAUCUAUCUAUCUAUCUAUCUAUGUCAUGUCUAUCAUUCGGUUUCUAUCUAUCUAUCUAUCUAUCUAUCUAUCUAUCUAUCUAUCUAUGUCAUGUCUAUCAUUCGGUUUCUAUCUAUCUAUCUAUCUAUCUAUCUAUCUAUCUAUCUAUCUAUCUAUCUAUCUAUGUCAUGUCUAUCAUUCGGUUCCUAUCUAUCUAUCUAUCUAUCUAUCUAUCUAUCUAUCUAUGUCAUGUCUAUCAUUCGGUUCCUAUCUAUCUAUCUAUCUAUCUAUCUAUCUAUCUAUCUAUCUAUCUAUCUAUUAUGGUUGAAGGAUGAUGAUGAUGAUGAUGAUGAUGAAGAAGAAGAAGAUGAUGAUGAUGAAGAAGAAGAUGAUGAUGAUGAAGAUGAUGAUGAUGAUGAUGAAGAUGAUGAUGAUGAUGAUGAUGAUGAAAGCCAGAAGCUAUUCCUUCAGUCGGUUUGUGAUGAAUUCGCCACGAUUAGAAAACUUUACGUACUGACUUUUCCAUCUCUCUCUCUCUCUCUCUCUCUCUCACUCUCUCCCUCUCUCUCCCUAUCUCUCUCUCCCUCUCCCUCUCUCUUUCCCUAUCUCUCUCCCUCUCUCUCUCUUUCUCUCUCUCUCUCUGCUUCAUACAGUGUAAUGCUGAUAACGGCCUCAUUCCCCUUCGUCGAGUCCGCACCCAAAUCAAACGGGAACUCUUGUAUCUCUCUCUCUUUCUUCCCAUACAUACAUAUCUAUCUAUCUAUCUAUCUAUCUAUCUAUCUAUCUAUUACGUUUUUCUUUAUCUAUCUAUCUCAGUCUGUUCGUUUACUUUUUCUUUCUUUCUUUCUUUCUUUCUUUCUUUUUAUAUGUUCUGUUCGUUUACUUUUUCUUUCUUUCUUUCUUUCUUUCUUUCUUUCUUUCUUUCUUUCUUUCUUUCUUGAUCGCCAGAGAAAUGCUGGCCAGAAUUUCCUUGACGAUCCGUUUAGUUUCAUAUCUAUCUAUCUAUCUAUCUAUCUAUCUAUCUAUCUAUCUAUCUAA